AUGCCGUGCAAGAGAUGCAGCGGCAGCAACUUUCUACGCGACGAAAACACAGGGAAUUCGUUUUGCGCCGACUGUGGGACAUUACAAGAGUACGACAACUACGAGGCACAGCUCGGCGGCAUAAAAGGACCUGAGGGUACAUAUAUCCGAGUAGGCACAAGCGGCGUGGGCUCUGUUCUUGCUUACAGAGAGAAGAAGAUCUUUGAAGCGAACAAUUCGAUUGAGGAAAUCACAGAGAGGUUGAAUCUCGGUACUAAAACUGACGAGAUCAAGAGGAUGAUCAGUAAAAUCACAGAUGGGGAGUUUGGGGAAGGUGAGUGGUUCUCGAUUCUGAUUGGUGCGUGUUGUUACGCUGUGAUAAGAAAAGAAGGGAAAGGUGUUUUGCCUAUGGAGGAGAUCGCUGUUGCUGUUGGGUGUGAUUUGCAUCAGCUGGGGAGUAUGAUUAAGCGUGUUGUGGAGCAUUUGGAGUUGAAACUGCAGGAGUUUGAUCUUGUUGGUUUGUUCACCAAGACGGCGACUAAUUCGUCGAGAUUGAUGGAUGUUGAUAGGGGGAAGAAGGAGAGAGUGAUAAAGCAAGGUGUUUUCUUGAUGAAUUGCUCGUUGAAGUGGUUUCUGUCUACGGGGAGGAGACCGUUGCCUUUGGUUGUGGCUGUUUUGGCGUUUGUCUGUCAAGUGAAUGGUGUCAGUGUAAAGGUUGAUGCUUUGGCCAAAGAUGCUCACGUUUCGUUGACUACUUGUAAAAAGCGGUAUAAAGAGUUAUCAGAGAAGCUUGUGAAUAGUGCGCAAGAGUUGCGUUUGCCUUGGGCGAAAGAUAUUACCGUGAAGAAUGUUGUGAAAUAUUCAGGGACUUUGAUUGGUCUGAUGGAAGCCAAGUCCAUGAGAAAGAGAAUCCAAGGGGAGGGGAAUGAAUUGGUUACAAGUGAUGCGUUUUGUUUAGAGGAUAUAGUGAGGGAUUGCUUAAGCAAAGAUGUGUAUUGUUAUGAUGAUAAUGAUGGUGGUCAAGAUCAUUUGUCUCGGUAUUUUGAUGCAGGAGGUGAAAGCCAGCUUAGUCUAUGCAACGGCAAUGAUAAGAUAUCGGAGAAACAGUUAACUACUACAGUGAAUGGAGAAUUCGAAGAUGGAAGAGUUGAAAGAAGUGAGGGAGACAAUAACAUUAGGAGAUCGUUUUUUCAGAUGGUUUCGAGUGAAGAUUGGUGGAAGGGGAAAUCGAAGUUGUGUCAAAGGCUUUCGCUGAAGGAAGUGUUGGAGAAAGAUGUAGGGCUUGAUGCUUUGCCUCCUUCUUACAUUAAAGGUUGCGCUGCAGUCGAAAGGCGAAGAGCGAAGAUUAAGGCGGCAAAGUUACGGAUUAAUGCGAUACAACAUCCUUCUGACAUUGUUGGUGGAAGUGAGUUGUCUUUGGAGGUUGAACAUAGCAAGAAGAAAAGGAAGAUAGGAUCUGAAAUUGAUUGGGAGGAUUUGGUUAUACAGACUCUGGUCCUACAUGAUGUGAACGACCAAGAAAUCGAGAAGGGUCAUUACAGAACUUUGCUAGAGUUGCAUGUUUUCAACUGA